AGGGAGGCAAAGUCUGCUCCCCAUGACAUCAGCUGUCCCUUCUUGGACAUUCUAUUGUCUCCUAGAGAGUUCUGGCAUCCUCUGUGAUGUCACCAGUGUUGUAGUGACAACCAGUGCCCUAGUUUCUCUCAGUCUGAGUCUGGCAGUUACAAGCUAAGACAUGUUUUCCCAUCUUCGCAAGCGUUUUGGGAGGGGGAACGUCGAUUGUGGAGAGACUAGAGUGAAGGAGUCUGGCCUUUCGUCUCAAAGUAAUGAUGGACAAAGACAGCACUUCUGGGGAAGGUGGAACGCUGGGAGAGAAACAUCAUCCCCUGAAACUGCCCUAAGCGAGAAGCAGGCCAAGAAGGAAAAGGAGAGGCUGAUUAAAGAGCUGCAGCUCAUUACCGAGGAGAGAAAUGACCUGAGAGAUCGCCUGAGGUUUCUGACAGAGAGAUCCAAGAACAACAGGCCACACUUCAGGCCAAAUCCAUAUUAUGAAGACCUGGAGAGAAUGGAGGAGGUAGUCAUGUCAAUUCUGCACAACUUAGAGAUGGAGAACACUGAGAUCCAUGAGAACAACCAUAAGCUGAAGAAGGAGAUGACCUUCUCUAGCAACCUGCACAGCCAGCUCCUGAUGCAGAAUACAUGGAGGAAGAAGUUGUUUGCAUUCACACCGGAGAGCAAGGAGGUACAUCUUGAUUGUGCACUGAACCAGAAAUAUUUGGUUGACUUCAAUGAGAAAGAUAAAGACCAGCAACGUCCAGACCCAGCAUCAUCUGGUCUCAGAAAGUGCAAGAGAACUGGCAUUGAACACACACAAAGAAGAGAGCUCCUGAAGAAUACAUUGCUUUCUCAGAACUCCCCUGCUGACCACCAUCCUGAAUAUUAACAAUAUUUUUUAGAUGAACAUACUUCCUCAUAGUUAAUUUGUCAUUGCUUAGAGACCCUAAAUUUAUAUAUCACUAAGCAGUCUGACUGAUUGAGGUCUUACUCACUUUCUUCUUCAGAAAACACCACUUGAGAGGCAUCUUGGUGACCGCCUUUCAUUAUGUGUGCUAGAGGAGAAAAAGCAAUACAUCUGUUCGUUAAGAAUAUGUUGAUUAGGGGCUGGGGAUUUAGCUCAGUGGUAGAGCGCUUACCUAGGAAGCACAAGGCCCUGGAUUCGGUCCCCAGCUCCGAAAAAAAAGAACCAAAAAAAAAAAAAAAAAAGAAUAUGUUGAUUAGACCCGAGGAUCCCGCCCGCAGCAGCUCUCUGCUCCCAAACCCCGUGGGAGAGAGACCUCACCGCCUGGUCAGGUGGGCACUCCCGAGGCUGCAGAGCGGAGGAGACCACCAACACUGCCCACCCCUGCCCACAUCCCUGGCCCAAGAGGAAACUGUAUAAGGCCUCUGGGUUCCCGUAGGGGAGGGCCCAGGAGCGGCAGGACCCCUGUGCCUGAGACACCGCCAGAACCUGAAGGAAACAGACAGGAUAAACAGUUCUCUGCACCCAAAUCCCGUGGGAGGGAGAGCUAAACCUUCAGAGAGGCAGACACGCCUGGGAAACCAGAAGAGACUGCACUCUGCACACACAUCUCGGACGCCAGAGGAAAACACCAAACACCAUCUGGAACCCUAGUGCACGGAAGCUCCCGGAAAGGGCGGCGCAUAUCUUCCUGGUUGCUGCCACCGCAGAGAGCUCGUGGGCAGCACCCCGCGAGCAAACUUGAGCCUCGGGACCACAGGUAAGACCAACUUUUCUGCUGCAAGUGACUUGCCUGGUGAACUCAAGACACAGGCCCACAGGAACAGCUGAAGACCUGUAGAGAGGAAAAACUACACGCCCGAAAGCAGAACACUCUGUCGCCAUAACUGGCUGAAAGAAAACAGGAAAACAGGUCUACAGCACUCCUGGCACACAGGCUUAUAGGACAGUUGAGCCACUGUCAGAAAUAGCAGAACAAAGUAACACUAGAGAUAAUCUGAUGGCGAGAGGCAAGCGCAGGAACCCAAGCAACAGAAACCAAGACUACAUGGCAUCAUCGGAGCCCAAUUCUCCCACCAAAAUAAACAUGGAAUAUCCAAACACACCAGAAAAGCAAGAUCUAGUUUCAAAAUCGUAUUUGAUCAUGAUGCUGGAGGACUUCAAGAAAGACGUGGAGAACUCCCUUAGAGAACAAGUAGAAGCCUACAGAGAGGAAUCGAAAAAAUGCCUGAAAGAAUUCCAGGAAAAUGUAAAUAAACAAGUAGAAACCCAUAGAGAGGAGACACAAAAAUCCCUGAAAGAAUUCCAGGAAAACACAAUCAAACAGUUGAAGGAAUUAAAAAUGGAAAUAGAAGCAAUCAAGAAAGAACACAUGGAAACAACCCUGGAUAUAGAAAAUCAAAAGAAGAGACAAGGAGCUGUAGAUACAAGCUUCACCAACAGAAUACAAGAGAUGGAAGAGAGAAUCUCGGGAGCAGAAGAUUCCAUAGAAAUCAUUGACUCAACUGUCAAAGAUAAUGUAAAGCAGAAAAAGCUACUGGUCCAAAACAUACAGAAAAUCUAGGACUCAAUGAGAAGAUCAAACCUAAGGAUAAUAGGUAUAGAAGAGAGUGGACUCCCAGCUCAAAGGACCAGUAAAUAUCUUCAACAAAAUCAUAGAAGAAAACUUCCCUAACCUAAAAAAAGAGAUACCCAUAGGCAUACAAGAAGCCUACAGAACUCCAAAUAGAUUGGACCAGAAAAGAAACACCUCCCGUCACAUAAUAGUCAAAACACCAAACACACAAAAUAAAGAAAGAAUAUUAAAAGCA